AUGUCAUUUGUUUUGAGAAGAAAGUUGUCUACUUUGAUCCCACCAAAGAUUGCUUCGGCAGCGGUAUGUAUUGAAUUUCGGGGGUUCGCGAAUUGA